AUGGCGCCGCUUCUUCGCGGGUCUGACGAAGACAAUAAGGCCGAAACGUUAGCUGUUCGUAAACAUGAAUAUUAUAUUUCCUUUGGAUUGUUCGAUACCAUUAUCUAUAUCAAUCGAAGCUGUGCAGCUGCAACACAAAAGAUGGCACAAGAGUUGAUCCAGCUACAGCCAGGGAUGCAGGUUGAGAGAUGGACCAUAGAGAAGAAACUGGGAGAAGGGGGUUUCGGUGCAGUCUAUCGCUGUCGUGAUCAUACUGGACAAUAUGCGCUCAAAGUUGAAGGUGUUGCGGAGCAAAUCCAGGUUUUGAAAAUGGAGGUCUACGUGCUGACGGAGUUGACAAAACGUGGAUCGCGGCAUUUUUGCAGGAUUGAAGAUAAAGGAAGAUACGGGAACUUCAACUAUGUAGUUAUGACGCUUGUCGGUAAAUCCCUGCAAGAUUUGAAUAAAGGAGGACCGGGUGGACAUAUGACAAUUGGUUGCGCGAUUUCAUGCGGCAUUCAGUGUCUGGAAGCACUUGAAGAUCUCCAUAACAUCGGCUACUUACACCGCGAUGUCAAGCCUGGCAACUACACCAUAGGAAGGGCUGAACUCCGUGAACUACGCAAAGUGUACAUUCUAGAUUUCGGCAUGUGCAGAAAAUUCACAAAUGAUCAAGGAGUCAUCCGUAAACCUCGUCAAGCGGCCGGGUUCCGAGGCACAGUACGUUAUGCACCAAUUUCUUGUCAUCUUCAACGAGAGCUUUGUAGAAAAGACGACUGCGAAACAUGGGUCUAUAUGUUAGUGGAAUUCACCUACGGAAGACUUCCUUGGAAAGAAGUACAGGACAUGAACCAGGUUGGAGAAUAUAAAAAACGAGUUCGGCAGCCAAUGUACAUCAUGGAACUAUUCCCACCUCCGUGUCCACGCGAGUAUAUAGAGAUUUUGCAAUAUGUUGAUGGAUUAAAAUACUAUGACGCGCCUAAUUACCAAUUUAUCUACGGCACCAUGCGAAGAGCACUCGCGUCGAGCCGAGCACAGGAGUUCCCGUAUGACUGGGAGAUGGGCGGUCCCACGGCUUACAUGCUUGCGUGA